AGUGGGCCAGGACGAUCGACCUUCUGACCAAUCACAGCCUAGGAGGACAAUUGAUGCUAGCAGUGAGUCUCACGAUCGGCUUGAUCCCUUGAGUAUUCCGUGCACCGCGCAGAGAGUCUACCAUCGACCGCUAUGACUGCCAAUGAUUCCGCGAAAGUCGACGCGGCUUUGCCAUCGACCAACAACGGCGAUGCUGUGACUGCCUCAUCAGUGGUGCAGACGCCUUUCCCCCACCCUGUCGAUACCGCCAAACCCGAACCGCAGGCGAAGCUCUCCCCAGACCAGCAAGCCAAGUACGAGACUGUCUUCAAGACGGUCUCUUCCUGGACCACAAUUCCUACCAAAGCCGAGAAGAAUGCCCCGACCGAGCCAAUUACCGAUGAUGAGCGCAUGUGGUUGACCCGCGAAUGCCUGCUCCGAUACCUUCGUGCGACCAAGUGGAACGUCUUCGAGGCCGAAACUCGGCUUCAACGUACCCUUACUUGGCGUCGGGAAUAUGGUAUGGAAAAGUUGACACCGGAAUAUGUCUCAAUUGAGAACGAGACAGGCAAGCAAGUUAUCAUGGGCUACGAUAUCCACGCUCGGCCCUGUCUAUACCUCCUGCCCUCGAACCAAAACACCGAGAAGAGCGAACGCCAGAUCCAACACCUAGUCUUUAUGCUGGAACGCGUCAUUGACAUUAUGGGCCCCGAUCAAGAAACUCUGGCCCUUCUUGUCAACUUCAAGGAGACCAAAUCUGGUCAGAAUGCGACAAUCGGUCAGGCAAAGCAGACCCUCGAUAUUCUGCAGAACCACUAUCCCGAGCGAUUGGGACGUGCAUUGGUGAUUAAUGUACCCUUCAUCAUUUGGGGAUUCUUCAAGUUGGUCACGCCAUUCAUUGAUCCCAACACGCGACAGAAGCUCAAGUUCAAUGAAGACCUGCGCCAACACGUGCCUCCCAGCCAGCUCAUGAAACCCCUGGGUGGUGACCUUGAAUUCAAGUACGACCACUCUAUCUAUUGGCCCGCCGUCAACGAGCUGGCGAAACAGCGCCGUGAAGCCUACCGCGAGCGGUGGAUUCAAGGUGGAAAACAAAUUGGCGAGUUUGAGAACUAUCUCAAGGGUGAAGAUAUCCCGAGUGUAUCGCAGAUUCAGAGCACUCCGCUGGAGGCCGAGGCCUCUGCCUAAGGUCUGGUUUCUCCGUUUAAACUGUCCUUUCGGUCGAGUAGAAACCCAGCAUUCUCGAUUUCAAAUACUGCAUGUUUUUUGUGCUCUGUUUUACUUUCUUUCGGGUCAAUUUUUGCAUGGCACUGGACAGCCCUUGCGUAUUGUUGAUAGAUACCACAUACCUCUCGCAUUCUGCAUAUCGUUUGCUAAUAGAGUCACAAAUAUACUUCGGUAUUGAUUGGUAUU